GGGGCGGCCUGGGGGAGUCCUGGGUCCGGGCGGCCGCGGGCUGGCUAGCUGGCGCGUGGCCUGGCCGUGGCGCGAUGAGCGGGGCUGGCGCGGCGCCGGGGUCGGCGGGCGCAGGCAGGGGGCUGCGGGUGGAUGGGCUGCCCCCGCUGCCCAAGAGCCUGAGCGGGCUGCUGCACUCGGCGUCGGGCGGCGGCGCGUCGGGGGGCUGGCGCCACCUGGAGCGGCUGUACGCCCAGAAGUCGCGCAUCCAGGACGAGCUGAGCCGCGGGGGCGCGGGCGGCGGCGGGGGCCGGGCAUCUGCGCUGCCCACCAAGCCCCCCAACCUGGACGCGGCGCUGGCGCUGCUCCGCAAGGAGAUGGUUGGCCUCCGCCAGCUGGACAUGUCUUUGCUUUGCCAACUCUACAGCCUGUACGAGUCGAUUCAGGAAUACAAGGGAGCGUGCCAGGCAGCAGCCAGCCCGGACUGCUCCUACGCUCUGGAGAAUGGCUUCUUCGACGAGGACGAGGAAUAUUUCCAGGAGCAGAGCGCAGUCCAGGAUGGGAGGGACCGAGGCGCUCCUCGGGACGUGUCGCCGCCUGUCUCUUCCCUCACCAGCAGCAGCUGGGUCCUGGAGUCCCUGUAGGGGGCCAUGGGGGCUACGCUUCCUACUGGACAUGCCGUCAGCAUUUGCUUCUCUUGUGAGAAAGCUCCUGUGCUCCUCCAUGGUGGACAGUGCUCAGGCCUGAGGGGCGAGCGCUGCCAGGUCAGUUUGUAGCAGGAGACUCUCCAUUGACACGUGGUGGCAUUCCGCUUGGUCGGCUGCAGUUCUGCUUGGGUGACCUAGAGGUGUUCAGGAACAUCCUUGACAGCCUUGUACUGAGACGCACCUGCUGAGCACGCGCAAGGAUGUGAGGAGAGGAUCCCUGUAGGAGGCCUUGGAGGGGAUUGCGUGUGGGGUGACUUGGGGUUAGUUACUUCCUUACAGGUGGUAGAUUAUUUGUACCCGCAUUGUUUUGGGGUUUGUGAUGUGUGAACACCAGCACUGCGCCGUUCCCUGCCUCUGCAGCUUUUGCUGGUUCAUGAGCCUUUAAGCCUCUUAUGUUGGCUUUAUUUAUUUAUAAGCUGCAUUACUAACUGGUCAGGUGACUUGGUGAACGCUUUUUACUGAAAAAAUAAGCACUUCUGGUCACACCAACCAACUGCUUACUCUCAACCUUCCAAAACUUUAUAUCAUUCUUGUUAAUCAGAUAUAGGAGGAAAGAAGCUAAUAGGGAGAUAUGUUGAAUAAAAUGGCAAAACAAAACUGGAACAAGCUAAUAUUUUGUAUCAUUCACUGUAAAAUGGGAAACAUUUUUGUUUUUAAAGAUUCUGAAUGUAAACUAGUAGGUUAGGAAGCAAACACCCUCCCCUCAAAACAGUGAUUACCUUAAGCCUUAAUAUAUUUAAUAAAGUAUUUUAUGAAAACUUUACAUUUUGUAGGUUAAAAAUAGAGAUAAAAUGCUCAACUGCC